CCUGAAGUUUCCACACAAUCUCAACUAUUCUCGCCGAGCCCAUCAAAACUCGCGCGAGCGAAGUGUUUUGAGAGGAACUGGCCACCAAACAGCAGACCGGCGCAGCGCUGCGGUUAGCCUGCCACACUGCCGAGGACCGUCUCGGAGCUUAUUUAACGCUAAAUAAUCUUCACACGAUAUCAUGACUACAGCUUUUUCCUGUCUAUCCAAGUCGGACGAACGCACAGCGGAGGCAAUGUGUUCUCCCCGCGCUCGGUAAUGAGCGAUUUGUGUUUCAUCUGUUGCGAGAAGACAAACGAGCAGAGCCGUCCGUCGUUGCUAUGGAGAGACUGCUCCUGUCAGGCCGGCGCGGCUAGGCCCGAGCGUCGCCUGCGCUUUGUAGUUCUGUGCGGGACUGGAGUGGAGAGCGCCAGCAGCGGAUUACUCCCAGAUUUGAACUCUAGAGGAACACUGCACUGGCACUGUUUGCUAGAAGAGAUGCUUGUUUCCAGCUGAAAACUCAGCUGAUGGUUUCCAGUAUGAGGCCAGAAGUUUUCAGAUUAAAACUUAGUUAAGGGGACAAAAAGGUUGGUUUUUGUUUUCUCUGUACUGAAAGAUUGUGAGGGCUACAGACCAUGCCUCCAAGGCCGUCAUCUGGAGAAUUAUGGGGCAUCCAUUUGAUGCCCCCCAGGAUUCUGGUGGAUUGUCUACUACCUAACGGCAUGAUCCUGACCCUGGAGUGCCUCCGUGAGGCCACGCUUAUCACCAUCAAGCAUGAACUGUUCAAGGAAGCCAGGAAGUACCCCCUCCACCACCUUUUACAAGAGGAGACCUCCUACAUUUUUGUCAGCGUAACACAGGAGGCUGAGCGGGAAGAGUUUUAUGACGAGACUAGGAGACUCUGUGAUCUCAGGCUCUUCCAGCCUUUCCUAAAAGUCAUCGAACCUGUGGGCAACAGGGAGGAGAAAAUUCUCAACCGAGAAAUCGGUUUUGCAAUUGGUAUGCCUGUGUGCGAGUUUGAUUUAGUGAAGGAUCCUGAAGUGCAGGACUUCAGGAGAAAUAUUCUUAAUGUCUGCAAAGAUGCAGUAGAACUCCGAGAUGCGAACGGACCCCAUAGUAGAGCAUUAUAUGUUUACCCUCCGAAUGUGGAGUCAUCACCAGAGCUUCCGAAGCACAUCUUUGGCAAAUUAGACAAAGGUCAGAUCAUUGUAGUCAUCUGGGUGAUUGUGUCACCCAACAAUGACAAGCAGAAGUACACCUUGAAGAUCAACCACGACUGCGUCCCUGAGCAGGUGAUAGCAGAAGCCAUCAGAAAGAAGACGCGAAGCAUGCUGCUAUCUGCCGAGCAGCUGAAGAUGUGUGUGCAGGAGUAUCAGGGCAAAUACAUCCUCAAAGUGUGCGGCUGUGACGAGUACCUGCUGGAAAAGUACCCCAUCAGUCAGUAUAAGUAUGUGAGGAGUUGCAUUAUGCUGGGACGAAUGCCAAACCUUAUGCUGAUGUCUAAGGAUAGCCUGUACUCUCAGCUGCCCAUGGACAACUUCACCAUGCCAUCCUACUCGCGCCGCAUCUCCACAGCCACGCCAUACAUGAACGGGGAGGCCUCCAGCAAAUCCCUAUGGACCAUCAACAGCACCCUGAGGAUACGUGUCCUCUGUGCCACAUACGUCAAUGUGAACAUCCGGGAUAUUGAUAAGAUUUAUGUCCGGACAGGAAUCUACCAUGGAGGAGAGCAGAUGUGUGACAACGUAAACACGCAACGUGUACCCUGUUCAAACCCAAGGUGGAAUGAGUGGCUUACGUAUGACAUGUACAUUCCUGACAUUCCCCGGGCUGCUCGUCUGUGUUUGUCCAUCUGCUCCGUGAAGGGGAGGAAGGGCGCGAAAGAGGAGCACUGUCCACUGGCUUGGGGAAACGUGAACCUGUUUGACUACACGCACACACUGGUCUCUGGGAAGAUGGCACUGAACCUGUGGCCAGUGCCACACGGCCUGGAAGAUCUCCUGAAUCCCAUUGGCGUCACAGGCUCCAACCCCAACAAGGAAACCCCUUGUCUUGAGCUGGAGUUUGACUACUUCAGCAGUCCUGUGAAGUUCCCUGACAUGACCACAAUAGAGGAUCACGCUAAUUGGAUCAUAUCCAGAGAGAUGGGAUACAAUUACUGCCAGUCUGGACAGAGUAGCAGACUGGCUCGUGACCACAUCAUAACAGAUGCUGAUAUUGAGUUGCAGCUGCGGCAACUGGCCAACCGAGACCCACUUUCUGAGAUCACUGAGCAAGAGAAGGACUUCCUGUGGAGGCACAGGCAAUAUUGUGUAAAUAUACCUGAGAUCCUUCCUAAGAUUCUGCUUGCAGUCAAAUGGAACUCCAGGGAUGAAGUCGCACAGAUGUAUUGCCUGCUGAAAGACUGGCCUGCAAUAAAACCAGAACAAGCCAUGGAGUUGCUUGAUUGCAAUUACCCGGAUCCGAUGGUUCGAGACUUUGCAGUACGGUGCCUUGAAAAGUAUUUGACUGAUGAUAAACUGUCCCAGUACCUUAUUCAGUUGGUUCAGGUUUUGAAGUAUGAGCAGUAUCUCGACAACCCAUUGGUGCGAUUUCUGCUAAAAAGGGCCCUAACCAACCAGAGGAUUGGGCAUUUCUUUUUCUGGCAUUUGAAGUCAGAGAUGCACAACAAAACAGUGAGCCAGCGCUUCGGCCUGCUGCUGGAGUCAUACUGUCGAGCCUGCGGCAUGUACCUGAAGCACCUCAGCAGGCAGGUGGAGGCCAUGGAGAAACUCAUUAACCUCACAGACAUCCUCAAGCAGGAAAAGAAGGAUGAAACCCAGAAGGUGCAGAUGAAGUUUCUGGUGGAGCAAAUGAGGAGGCCAGACUACAUGGAUGCACUUCAAAGCUUCACCUCCCCACUCAACCCAGCCCACCAGCUGGGGAACUUAAGGCUUGAAGACUGCAGAAUUAUGUCAUCAGCCAAGAGGCCACUGUGGCUUAACUGGGAGAACCCUGACAUAAUGUCAGAGCUUCUCUUCCAGAACAAUGAGAUUAUCUUCAAGAAUGGUGAUGACUUAAGGCAAGAUAUGUUGACGCUUCAGAUCAUUAAAAUAAUGGAGAACAUCUGGCAGAACCAGGGACUCGAUCUCAGGAUGCUUCCCUAUGGCUGCUUAUCCAUUGGGGAUUGUGUGGGUCUGAUUGAAGUUGUGAGGAGCUCUCACACCAUCAUGCAAAUCCAGUGCAAAGGAGGUCUCAAAGGAGCACUGCAGUUCAACAGCUCCACACUUCAUCAGUGGCUGAAGGACAAAAACAAGGGAGAGACGUAUGAUAUGGCCAUUGACCUGUUUACGCGAUCCUGUGCUGGCUACUGUGUGGCCACCUUCAUUCUGGGCAUCGGUGACAGACACAACAGUAAUAUUAUGGUGAAGGACGAUGGACAGCUAUUUCACAUAGAUUUUGGGCACUUCUUGGAUCAUAAGAAGAAGAAGUUUGGGUACAAGCGAGAGCGAGUCCCGUUUGUCUUAACGCAGGACUUUUUAAUAGUGAUUAGCAAAGGAGGAACUCAAGAAUGCACCAAGACGAGGGAGUUUGAGAGGUUCCAAGAGAUGUGCUACAAGGCGUACCUGGCCAUUCGGCAGCAUGCAAACCUGUUCAUCAACCUCUUCUCCAUGAUGCUUGGCUCAGGAAUGCCUGAGUUGCAGUCUUUUGAUGACAUUGCCUACAUCCGUAAGACUCUUGCGCUGGACAAGACGGAACAGGAGGCUUUGGACUACUUCAUGAAGCAGAUGAACGACGCUCAUCAUGGCGGAUGGACCACCAAGAUGGACUGGAUCUUCCACACCAUCCGACACCAUGCCCAGAACUGAGCUGGAGAAGAGCGGAGCCCACUGGAAAGAUCUUGAGCCAGCUAGCGGACCCUUGCCCUGCACCUACUGGUCUGUCUGGGCCAGUAGAAGCAUGGCAGUCAGACCUCAUGUACAAAAAUGGGGUGAUGCCCCAACUGACCUUCGGAGCACUAAACAAUCCAGACUUUUUUUUUGUUCUUUUUCUGUCUACACCUUUUCUGUGGCAUCCAUACAGAAUAAUACUAACCCUAAUAUUUGUCCAGAAUGGUUGUACAUUGUUGCCUGUAGUUUUAUACUUUUUUUUUUUUUCUUUUCUUUUUGGUAUGUUUUUGCUGCUCUUUUCCUGGAGAGACCAUGAUAAUUUAGUUUUAUUUUGAGGAAGGAAAGAAUCCUCAACAUGUAAAAUGGGAAGCGUUCUUUACUUUUGGAGCGCUUUUCAGGAUGCUCAUGUCUUCCUCUAAGUACUAACGCCUUUAAAAUAUGCAUGGAACCUCUGAGAACUCCUAGACUAAACAGGGUAAGAAUUUUGUCGUUCGGUUUGCGACCUUGCUCUCCAAAACAAACCCCUAAAAGAUGGUUGCUGUAGAACAUUAAGCAAAUGUAGUAGAGUUGGCACCUCCUGUGACCUUACAUGAACACUUGGCUCUUGAAAGCUGUUACUCUCGGUCACUACAAAGAUUUUUUUACUCUCCUCCUCUGCCUUCCUAAAUGAAUACUGGGCCAAAAUGAUAGUCUGUAAAUACCUGGAGAUGUGGUAGGAGGUGUAAUUUAUUUGGUUCAUUAGAAUUAUGAAUUUAAAGAGGAGCAUUAAUGCCAUUUUUGUGGUUUUGUAGUUAAAUACAAACCAUAAGCAAUUAAACACUACAGUAAAAUGAGAUCACUUGUCUCUCUGUUUCGAUAUGCAAGUGUCCCAAAGACUACACAAUGGCCCUCUGUGUUCAUGCCAUUGCACUUCUACAUCACGAUGCAUAAUUUAUUAUUCCAAAAGUGAAAUUUCUUACUCCUGUGAAACAUGAGUAGAUUUUUUUUGAUUACCCACUACAUAAUCUUGAGCGGUUGAGAUAAAUGUGCCAGCAGACACACUAGCACUGUAUAGACAAAGCCUUAAUGCAAGUUGAUGUUCUGUGGGUGAAUGCACGGUUCUCCCUCCAUGUGUGUUGCAUGCCGCAGCAGAAGCUAGUGUGGUGCUUAGUAAAGAAACGAGCAGUUCUAACCGAUUUCUGUUCAGUGUAGUUUUGAGAUAUGUUCAGAAUGUUCAGAAAGGCAUUUUGUUUUCCACUGAACUUUUAAACAGGCAGGAUUUUUCUUGUCUGUGCUCGUUGUCACUUUCAUUGUGUUGGCUGAUGGCUAUAGAGUUCUGUGCAACCUUAAAAAUGGUGCUAUGUAGAUUAUCCUGUAAAGAAAGAGGAGGGGGGAAAGACUCUGGACGAAAUGGAUGUUAGAUGGGUUUGAAAAGGAGAGAAUAAAUGACCUGUUGGUUAUAUGGUUUACCAUUUAUGCUAUAGUAUAGUAUAUGUUAACAGUUAGAUUUAUGUAUGUCCUCUAGCUACAUGCCUUUUGAUGCUCCUAACCUCUCCUCAUCAUAGAUUUUGUACAGUACACGGUCAAUGUGGUGAGGAUGUGUCAGACGUGCUAUGUGUAGUUUACUCUUGGGGUUAUGAGGUAAAAAAAACUCCUUGAUUUAAUACAGUAGUGAAUCCUGCGUCAAAGCUGAUCAAAGCUGUCGCUGAAGUGCGUUUUACCUCUCAGUUUUUAUCUAGAGCAGCUUCCAAGUCGCAGCGUAUUGAAACUAGUAUGUGGAAGGGACAGCGAGUGCGCCUCUAGAGCAUUUUGGGCCUAGUUCAGGGGCACAGUAGCAGUGCUCUGAGGAAGGGUAGGCCUGUUCCAUAUCGCAUCAACAAUCCAUGUAGAAUCAUGUCGGUCGAAAUUUGGUGAAGGAUGAGGUCCAGCAAUGAAAUGCUAAAUCAGCUGGCCUCGAAAUGAACAAUAACGUAUGCGCCUGCAACAUUUUGGCUUUGUAUUUUGUGUGUGUUGUACAUUUGAACCACGUUGACUCGUCAUCACUACCUGGUUGUGAGCUGUUAAUGCAACCUACCUUUGUGGUUAUGGAGAAAGCCUGUUAUGUUUUAUUUUUGCAUUACAUUUAAGCUGUGAAAAAUCUACAAAUGAGGUGCAAUCAUGCUAUCUAUAUGGAUGUAUGUCUACUGGUGGGAAAACCUCCUUGAGAUUGAGAAUUUAUUCAAAAUGACGCUAGUUUAUGUAAAUUGUUUGUUUUUGUUUUGUUUUGUUUUGUUUCAUUCUAUUAAUUCAAGCCAAAGUUCUACAUGUGUGGGAGAGUUCUCAAAACGCUGGGUCAAGGUUUCCACCUGCAUAACCACCUGAAGCAUUACAAAAGGGCAGUCCGCUAUUUCCAGGAAAGCUCUUGGUUUUAAUGAAGAUACAAUCAGCUAUGUCUGAAACUCUGAAGGACACAUUGUUGUGCUCUCAAAAACAGUAUGCUGUUUACGUAAGAAGUUUCUACCCUUCAAAUUUGAGAAGAGGCCAAACCAUCUGCCUUUCUGCUGAAUGUCCCAGUGGACGCAGUCUACACAAUGCAAAGACCACAGUGAUUAUUUUUUUUUUCCCUCUUACAUUCUGUAAAGAACACGUACAAUUCUACUGGACGAUGAUGCACCAAAAUGUAUUAAUGCAAUGAAAAGGAAGGCAUUUUGUUUUCCUCCAGUGUAAUUUACAGAAAGUAUCCUGAACUGAUGAUGUGGUAUUCCAGACUUCUUAUGCAUUCAUGUGCUAAACUUGAGGUUUCAGAUUUUUAAAACAUCAAUGUGAUUCUUAUAUGCAGUAAAACAAACGGAGAGGUAUACAGUCGGACAGUAACUGAUGUAUGCAGGUGGCUUUUGCACUUUGUUAUUUUCCCCCCCGUUCUUUACAAUGCCUUCAGUCCUCAAAAAGGACAAGCAUAGUUCUCUUGCAUGUCUUUUUUAUCAGCAUUACCAAUUGUACUCCUAUACUGCCUGAAACAGAUCAGACAAAUUAGAAUUAGUCAUUGUAAGCAGCCUUAUGUUAGCCCUCCAAAAGCCAUUUAUCGCAUGGAUCUAGUCACUAGUUUGAGUGUUUUGUCUGUACAGGUUACAGAUCCUUUUUGGGCCGGACCCGUUUAAAAGCCCAUUUAAAAUGUCUAUGUAAUAAUGUGCAAAUGCUUUGUAUUUUCCUUCUUUUUUCACCAAUUGCAACCGGGAAAACUAUUGAGAUGCUGGACUCUUGGCGUCUUUUAUAUGAGUUACAAGAAAACAAAAGGAAAAAAAAAAGAAAGAACUUUCAUAUUUCAGUUUCAAAUGUACUUGAAUAUCAUCGCUCUGAACCAUCACAGUGUAUGUCAAGAACAAAUCAGUUAAUGUGGUGUAGCACUGAAGGUUCGCUUGCAUAGGCAAUUUCAUACCGAUUGUGAAUGUUAAAAUAGUUUGGUUGUAAGAGUCUCUCCUGGAGAAACUCUUAGGCAUUUAUUAAAAAAGAAAAAAAAGAAAAUGUGUUGCCAUUCUUUGAACUGUAAGGAAAACAAAGAACUUUUCAUAUGAUGUGAGGAGUGGCAAAAGGAGGUGAAUAAUUGUAUAAACUUGUACUGAAAGGAAGGUCAAAACUGUCUGAUAUUCUAAAAUGUUUUGAGUGGUAACAUUUCGGGGCAGUACAAUUACUUUUGUCACAUGUUGAAUUAUAUUUUCAUGUAUAAUUAUUUUUCAACAGCACUACUUAGUGGGCCAAAUAAUGUUCCAUACAUCCAUCCUGCAUGAGAUUUAAGUUGAAGCCCUAAUAUUUUUGUUCAUUAUAUGUAGAUAUUAAAAGAAAAAAAUGUUUGGCCUAAGACUGCACUCUGUAGUAACCAUCUAUAACUGCUAACAGUGACAUACCCUCAUUCUCAUUUAUUUACUGUUUCAUUGUGCACCUCAGUUGAAAAGUUGCUUUGUAUCCUGUCUAUCUCCAAUAUUUUGAGUGUUAUGUGACUACGUACAAAUAAACAUAUUUCAAGAAA